GGCAGAGGAAGCAGAACUGUCACAAGAGCAGGAGUGCUGAGCUAAAGCACUUCUGAAAGGAAGCCCCAGUAAAAAUCGUGUCAUUCUGCAAACUUCCUCUGAGAAAGAUCGCAACCAGAUAAAGCAGGGGCAGUUUUCUUGCCUGGUAAGAGAAGGCAGUGGCAUAAUGAGGAAGCAGCUUAUCACCCACCUUAUAGGCUUUUGCUGGUUCGUCUGCUUCAAGGGGACUCAGCAUGUCUCCAGCGCUCUGAACAGGUGCGACGAUCCAAUGCUGUGCCCUGAUCACGCAACGUGCACCAGUACUCUCCAGGGCUACUACUGCACCUGCCGACCUGGGUUCAUAUCCACUUCAGGGGCCACGAAGUUCACUGAUCCAGCCGUCCAUUGCAACGCUGACAGGUGUACGGAUUCAUCUGUCUGUCCUGCUUAUGCAACCUGUGACAACAUCGCCGGGAGCUACCACUGUACCUGCAAACGUGGGUUUGCAUCUAGCUCUGGGGAGCGGCACUUCACUGAUGCGACAGUGACAUGCAACGAUCUUGACGAAUGCUCCCGGGACCCAUCGCCCUGCGGCCCCAACUCCAUCUGCACCAACAAAAGGGGCAGUUACACCUGCAAGUGUCCCCCAGGCUAUCUCCGCAGCAGACAGGCUGGCAUCCCCUUCAGCUGCGCAGAUGUGGAUGAAUGUGCCCAAACCCCUCCAAUCUGCGGGCCCAGUGCCUCCUGCAUGAACACACCUGGGAGCUACACCUGCCAGUGCUCACCCGGGCACCAUCCAUCCACGGCUGGGCCUUGGAUACCCGGAACAACCCGCUGCACAGAUAUUGAUGAGUGUCUGGAUCUGGCAUCAUGCCCUGCACACGCCACCUGCACCAACACCCCAGGAAGCCACUACUGCACCUGCAAUACCGGCUUUGCAUCCAGUUCUGGGGAGCAGCGCUUCACUGACCCAGCAGUGCAGUGCAACGAUCUUGACGAAUGCUCCCAGGAACCAUCGCCCUGUGGCCCCAGCUCCAUCUGCACCAACACACUGGGCAGUUACACCUGCACGUGUCCCCCAGGCUACCUCCCCUACAUCCAGGCUGGCAUCCCCUUCAGCUGCAUAGAUGUGGAUGAAUGUGCCCAAACCCCUGCAAUCUGCGGGCCCAAUGCCUCCUGCAUGAACACACCUGGGAGCUACACCUGCCAGUGCUCACCCGGGCACCAUCUAUCCACGCCAGGGCCUUGGGUACCUGGAACAACCCGCUGCACAGAUCUUAACGAAUGCUCCCGGGACCCAUCGCCCUGCGGCCCCAACUCCAUCUGCACCAACACAGGGGGCAGUUACACCUGCACAUGUCCCCCAGGCUACCUCCCCCACAGCCAGGCUGGCAUCCCCUUCAGCUGCGCAGAUGUGGAUGAAUGUGCCCAAACCCCUCCAAUCUGCGGGCCCAAUGCCUCCUGCAUGAACACACCUGGGAGCUACACCUGCCAGUGCUCACCCAGGCACCAUCCAUCCACGGCUGGGCCUUGGGUACCCGGAACAACCCGCUGCACAGAUAUGGAUGAGUGUCUGGAUCUGGCAUCGUGCCCUGCGCAUGCCAUCUGCACCAACACCCCAGGAAGCCACUACUGCACCUGCAAUACCGGCUUUGCAUCCAGUUCUGGGAAGCAGCGCUUCACUGACCAAGCAGCGCAGUGCAACGAUCUUGACGAAUGCUCCCGGGACCCAUCGCCCUGCGGCCCCAGCUCCAUCUGCACCAACACAUUGGGCAGUUACACCUGCACGUGUCCCCCAGGCUACCUCCCCUACAUCCAGGCUGGCAUCCCGUUCAGCUGCGCAGAUGUGGAUGAAUGUGCCCAAACCCCUGCAAUCUGCGGGCCCAAUGCCUCCUGCAUGAACACACCUGGGAGCUACACCUGCCAGUGCUCACCCGGGCACCAUCCAUCCACGGAUGGGCCUUGGGUACCCGGAACAACCCGCUGCACAGAUAUGGAUGAGUGUCUGGAUCUGGCAUCGUGCCCUGCGCAUGCCAUCUGCACCAACACCCCAGGAAGCCACUACUGCACCUGCAAUACCGGCUUUGCAUCCAGUUCUGGGGAGCAGCGCUUCACUGACCAAGCAGCGCAGUGCAACGAUCUUGAUGAAUGCUCCCGGGACCCAUCGCCCUGUGGCCCCAGCUCCAUCUGCACCAACACAUUGGGCAGUUACACCUGCACGUGUCCCCCAGGCUACCUUCCCCGCAGCCAGGCUGGCAUCCUGUUCAGCUGCGCAGAUGUGGAUGAAUGUGCCCAAACCCCUGCAAUCUGCGGGCCCAGUGCCUCCUGCAUGAACACACCUGGGAGCUACAACUGCCAGUGCUCACCCGGGCACCAUCCAUCCACGCCAGGGCCUUGGGUACCUGGAACAACCCGCUGCACAGAUCUUGACGAAUGCUCCCGGGACCCAUCGCCCUGCGGCCCCAACUCCAUCUGCACCAACACAUUGGGCAGUUACGCCUGCACGUGUCCCCCAGGCUACCUCCCCCACAGCCAGCCUGGCAUCCGGUUCAGCUGCGCAGAUGUGGAUGAAUGUGCCCAAAUCCCUGCAAUCUGUGGGCCCAAUGCCUCCUGCAUGAACAUACCUGGGAGCUACACCUGCCAGUGCUCACCCGGGCACCAUCCAUCCACGCCAGGGCCUUGGGUACCCGGAACAACCCACUGCACAGAUAUGGAUGAGUGUCUGGAUCUGGCAUCAUGCCCUGCGCACGCCACCUGCACCAACACCCCAGGAAGCCACUACUGCACCUGCAAUACCGGCUUUGCAUCCAGUUCAGGGGAGCAGCGCUUCACUGACCAAGCAGCGCAGUGCAACGAUCUGGACGAAUGCUCCCGGGACCCAUCGCUCUGUGGCCCCAGCUCCAUCUGCACCAACACAUUGGGCAGUUACACCUGCACGUGUCCCCCAGGCUACCUCCCCCACAGCCAGCCUGGCAUCCGGUUCAGCUGUGCAGAUGUGGAUGAAUGUGCCCAAACCCCUGCAAUCUGCGGGCCCAAUGCCUCCUGCAUGAACACACCUGGGAGCUACAACUGCCAGUGCUCAGCCGGGCACCAUCCAUCCAUGCCAGGACCUUGGGUACCUGGAACAACCCGUUGCACAGAUAUGGAUGAGUGUCUGGAUCUGGCAUCGUGCCCUGCGCAUGCCAUCUGCACCAACACCCCAGGAAGCCACUACUGCACCUGCAAUACCGGCUUUGCAUCCAGUUCUGGGGAGCAGCGCUUCACUGACCACGCAGCGCAGUGCAACGAUCUGGACGAAUGCUCCCGGGACCCAUCGCCCUGUGGCCCCAGCUCCAUCUGCACCAACACAUUGGGCAGUUACACCUGCACGUGUCCCCCAGGCUACCUUCCCCGCAGCCAGGCUGGCAUCCCGUUCAGCUGCGCAGAUGUGGAUGAAUGUGCCCAAACUCCUGCAAUCUGCGGGCCCAGUGCCUCCUGCAUGAACACACCUGGGAGCUACACCUGCCAGUGCUCACCCGGGCACCAUCCGUCCAUGCCAGGGCCUUGGGUACCCGGAACAACCCGCUGCACAGAGGUCGCUUCAAACGAUCUGGUGAGGAAUUGUAAGAACCGAGGGCUGGAUGCGGCUCACAGCUCAUCCCCAAACAAUGAUGCAUUCUGCAUGUUAUUGGCCUCCACCUUCAGCGUCUUGGGAGACCCCAACGAAAGGAAGAACUCCACCAUCUCUCUGGAGAAAGCCGCUGAGGGAUUUGCCUCUAUCCUGGAUCAGACGCCCUCCUGGUCCAACCUGAGCACGGAGCAGGUCUCCACCAUGGCCACCGUCUUCCUGGAGAACGUGGAGAAUGUUGUGCUGGACGUCCUCAAGAACCCCACUGGGAACGGGAGCCAGACCAUCCAGAUGAAACAACUGGAUCUCCAGACCAAAGUCAUUGAGGACAGCUGCCCCAGAAAGGACUCAGUCGUCAGCCUGGAAGUCAAAGGGGAGACCAUGAAGAUUAGCUGCAGAACGAUCCAGGGAACAGUGGCACAAGCCCGGGCUGGAGUAGCGUUUGCCUCCUAUGUGGGCAUGGAGUCCAUCCUGAAUGGCAGCUUCUUCCAUGGCCAAAGGGCCACCUCUGACUGGCCAGUUCGGAUAAAUUCCAGGGUGGUGAGUGCCUUCCUGACCAGCCAGGCCAAGACUGAUUUCCCGGAUCCGAUCAACUACACCUUCCAGACCAUCAUGCCAAGCAGCAGCCCCGACAAGCUCAUCUGCGUCUCAUGGGAGGCCACAGACCGGCGUGGCAGCUGGUCUCGGGCAGGGUGCAGGGUCGUGCGCAGCAAUGCCAGUCACACCACGUGCAGCUGCAAUCGGAUCUCCAACCUGGCUGUCCUCAUGGCAUCGGGGGAGAUAACGGCAGGCUUCCCACUGUUCCUCAUCUCCCACGUUGGGCUGGCCCUGUCCCUGCUGUGCCUCUUCCUCGCCAUCCUCACCUUCCUCCUGUGCCGCUCCAUCCGCAACGUGAACACCUCCAUCCACCUGCAGCUCUGCCUCUGCCUCUUCCUGGCCGACCUGCUCUUCCUCACCGCGGUGGACAGCCCCAGCCAUCAGCUGGCCUGCGCCAUCAUUGCUGGCCUCCUGCACUACCUCUUCCUGGCCUGCUUCGCCUGGAUGUUCCUGGAGGCCGUGGUGCUCUUCCUCACCGUCCGCAACCUCGGGGUCGUCAACUACUUCAGCACCCACAGCCCCAAGAUGUGGCACCUGAGCCUCUUCGGCUACAGCUUCCCCGCCCUGGUGGUGGCCGUCUCGGCAACCGUUAUGCCGGAGGGCUACGGCAGGCAGGAAAACUGCUGGCUCAGCAUGGAGAAGGGGUUCAUUUGGAGUUUCCUGGGGCCAGUGUGUGUCAUCAUCGGGAUGAAUUCCGUCCUUUUUGCCUUAACCCUCUGGAUGCUGCAGAGAAAGCUUUUCAGCCUCAACAGUGAAGUGUCCACCCUUAAGAACACCAGGCUACUGACCUUUAAAGCCAUUGCCCAAGUCUUCAUUCUGGGCUGCACGUGGAUUUUCGGUCUCCUUCAAGUCGGCCCAGCCGCCACAGUCAUGGCGUAUUUAUUCACCAUCGUCAACAGCCUGCAGGGAGCCUUCAUCUUCCUGGUGCACUGUCUCCUCAAUCGCCAGGUGCGGGAGGAGUAUAAGAGACGAUUCACCUGCAAACCUAAGUCCUACAUUUCCGAUGUUUCCAUGUCUACUUUAGCCACCAGCAGCAAAGCGGGCUGACGUUCCGGCCGGGAGGCAGGAGACGCCAUCGCGCCACAGGAGAAGGAAGAGCUUUUAUCGCAGAACUUGAAUCUGCCUUCUUUAAAGUGCUUGCAGGAUCAGAACUUCGAAACCCACCUGCCAGCUGGAGUGUGAUCCCGGGGUUAAAUCAGCGGGCUGGGAAGGGGAGAGGGGUGUGAGGAUUAGAGCUGGGGGUGCUGGCAGUCAGGACUCCUGGGUUCUUCUAUCCCUGGCUGUGGGGUCUAGUGGUUAGAACAAGUUGGAUUCCCUAGGCAUGGGCCAGUAGCACCUAUAGUUUUAAUCCAGCUAAAGCUUAAUCCGCUGCUGCUUUUUAGAGAUUCCCUUUCUCCUUAUUUAUCGUUCCCCCCCUGCCCCCCAAUCCUUCAGUCCCCUGAAAUCUGAGCAGAUUUCGCAUGUCUGCGGCAUUUCAAUACUGUACAAUGAGUUUGAUUUUGAA